AUGGAGGCGACGGGGGACUCAGGUCCUCGGAACGGAUGGGAGUUUAAUGAUGAUAAGAUGAGAACCAGAGGAAUGGGACACGGAGAGGUCCACAUGUCCAUCUCUCUUCUUUCUGUGGUGUGUGGACGACCUGUAUACUCAGGCCGUGUUGUGGGUGGCCAGGAUGCUGUUGCAGGGCACUGGCCUUGGCAAGUCAGCGUGCGCUUGGGCCAGAACCAUGUCUGUGGAGGGUCUCUCAUCAGUGACAGGUGGAUACUGACAGCACACUGCUUAAAAAAGAACUGGAUUCCUUUGUUGUAUACUGUACAGCUGGGAUCGAUUCAGAUAGACCAACCAAGUCAAAGUGUGAAGCAUCGUGUGUUCAAAAUUAUUAUCCAUCCCCAAACUCAACAUACAACUGCAGACAUCGCCUUGUUGAAACUGGUCUCUAGAGUCACCUUUACCUCUUUCAUCCUGCCCAUCUGCUUGCCCCGUAUCACAAAGCAGUUGAAAGUUCCAGCCUCUUGCUGGGUGACUGGAUGGGGAAAGGUUAAAGAAGGUGAAGAUACCGAUUACCCCUCCAUCCUCCAGGAAGCAGAAAUACCCAUCUUUGACCGCCAGACCUGUGAAAAACUCUACAACCCAAUCGGUUCCAUACUGCCAGAAUCAGAACCAGUCAUCCAAGACGACGAGAUAUGUGCUGGUGAUACAGCUAAAAUGAAGGAUACUUGCAAGGGUGAUUCUGGAGGACCUCUGUCAUGUCAUAUUAACGGUGUAUGGACCCAGAUAGGACUAGUAAGCUGGGGAAUAGGCUGUGCUGAAUCUCUCCCUGGAGUCUACACCAGCGUGAUCUACUAUCAAAAAUGGAUUAAGACCACUAUCUCAAGAGCUGAGGUCUUGGGUGCCAAUAAUUUGGACUUACCUGACUUCCUGUACCUUACUGUACUGCUCUCUCUGGCUCUGCUGGGACCCUUCUGUGCCUUUGGGCCUAACACCGUAAGGAGAGUAAACAGUAUAGCUAAAGCCACUGGCCAAGUACAGGGAAUGCAGGAGAGUGGGAGUCUGAGGUGUUUUCGCGACUAUGCAAAAGACACACAGACUGAAGCAGAAGGGAGAGAGGAGCAAAGAUGCUAUGCUGCUGGAUCUGAGGACGAAGCAAGGGGCUACAAGCCAAAGAGUGCAGUCAGCCUCUAG